GUCACGUGACGCCAGUGAGGAGGGUCUGUCGAGACAGAUUUGCGAUAAAAAUACUUUAAUUACAAAAUAACGUUAUAUAUAUGAGUCUCUAGAGUCGUCUCAUCUUUGUUCGGCGAUUUAUAUUGAACAUGGUCCAAAUAUCAUCCGAUUCAGUUAAGAGUAACACCAUUGCGUACUUUUUCUCGACAGGGUGAUUAUUUUUCUGUGGAGUCCUAUAUUGUGAUUUGAAUUCAUAAUUAUUAGUGAGCAAAUAUUAAUUGAGAUUCGAUAUUUCAAUUCUAGUGUGUGACCGCUGGAAUGGGCCUUGCUGACAGUCAAUUUGAUGUCACCCAAGUGUGAUGUUUAAUCAAUACAAACAAAUAACCUCCUAGUUUAUAAACCUAAGCAACUAUUAUGAAAAUGGAACUUCUCUGAUAAACAAAGCUGCAAAGAUGUUGUCACUUUGGAGCAUUCUAGUUUUUCCCAUUCUUUGUGCUGGAGUGUUCUCAGAGGAUUCUGAAGAACCUGUAUUUUGUGUGCAUUCAGUGGGAUCCUCUGCACACAUUAUUAUAACUGACGAUGUGGAUUCUGAUGCUGGGCCUUAUCAGAUAUGUAAGGAUAGGAACAAGUACUGUUAUACUGUGUGGCUCGAGGACCCCAAUAAUGGAACAACUGAAAUUAUGGGACAAGGAUGUUGGGAAAUAUCCAGCCAACCGAACGACUGCGACAGAGCGGCCUGCAUAGCAGACAAGAAGCCCCCGAAGGCGAUGAACAGCACCAAGUUCUGCUGCUGCAACCAAAGCAAGUGCAACGCCAACUUUACGGACGCGUAUGUACCAGUGGAUGACCCGCCCCCGUCCGAUGAGCCUCCCCCCAUCACCCCGCUCAACCCCAUCGUUUACAUGGUGACCGUGGUGGUCUUUCUCAUCUUUGUGGCCGUCAUGGCGAUGGUCUCUUACUACUUCUGGAGGCUGAGGCCAAGGAAAAGCGACGUCGAGUGUUGUCAACAGCCUCUGCCGCCUCCAGCCGAUUACAGUUUGGAGAAGCUGAAGAUGCUGAAUAUCAUAGGUAAGCUAUGAUUCUUUUUAUUACAAUCCUUCAUCUGNGUGAAAGUGUUCCCGGCCCAUCAUAGGAACAACUUCCUCAACGAACACGAAAUGUACAAAAUAGCUGGAGAAAAUGCCGGCCUAUUGAAGUUCCAUGGAGGAGGGGAGUACUCCAUAAUGCCCGGAUCCGUUGAUUACGUCUUGUUACUGGCCCUCGAACAAGAAAGUCUUCAGGAGUAUCUUAAAAUGCACACUGUUGAUCUGGCGUCACUGAGCAAAAUGAGCCUAGGCAUUGCCAGAGGCUUGGCCCAUUUGCACUCGGACAUAGGAAAACCUUCCAUUGUGCACAGGGACAUCAAUACCAGAAACAUUUUGGUUAGGGCCGAUCUCUCGUGUUGCAUCUGCGAUCUAGGUUUGGCAGUGGCACCAAGAAUUUCCGAGAACAAAGCCAUCAGCGAAGCUGGUACCCUACGAUAUAUGGCACCCGAAGUCCUAGAAGGUGCAGUGAAUCUUCGUGAUUGUGAAAGCGCUCUCAAGCAGAUAGAUGUCUAUGCUCUGGGUCUUGUCUUAUGGGAACUCGGUAGCAGAUGUUCCGACAUGCAAAAUGCCGAACCAAGCCAGUAUGCUCCACCGUUUUCCAAGGAGGCCGGUGAAAAUCCAUCCCUAGAGCAAAUGCAAUCCCUCGUGAGCAGAAAGAAAGUGAGACCUCUGUGGCCUGUGUCCUGGAAAGACACUACGGCCGCUAGGAUGCUGUGCGAAACCGCUGAAGACUGUUGGGAUCAGGAUGCUGAAGCUCGUCUGACCGCCCUCUGUGUCGCGGAACGCCUGACAGAACUCCCUACACUAAAAGGGCGUGUCUUGCACCCUACCCACCCGCCUGCAAGUCCCACCCCUCUGAUCAACAACAACCAUCUGCACGAUCACCAAUUCGACGCCUCCGUCAACACCAUAGAGACGCUUCUAUCCCCGUCAGAGGAGAACUGCAAAAACUCGAAUCAGCUGGCGGUGUGCGUUACCCCGUUACAGCCUUACCAAGGUAGAAAUCCUUGCCUAGAACGCAACCUCAUGUCCGGCUCUAGCGACAGCCUUCUCAUCGACAAAUCCUCGAAGCACUGCAGCGGCUUGGAAUCUCAGAACCUCAUUCCGAACGAGUUCCUCAACUUCCAGAUCAACCACCGAGCUGCGCCGAUCCCGUACGUCCAGAACGCUGUGCACGGGGGCACCCCGAAGCAGCAAAACACCUGCUACAGAACGGUGAACAAAACGAAAUUCAAGUGGAACGGACUUAAAAACUUCCUAAGCGGCAAGAGGCACUCGAGCUCUACGGGCGGUUGCAAAGACACACAGGUCAAGUUGAAUACGAAGGUGCAGAACGGCGUUACGACUUCGUUGUUGCGCGAACACCAGGGGGAAACGACGCGUCCUUCUUCGCUGCCUCUAAAGGCAGCCGAGGCGCAGGUGCAGAACAAUUGCGGUGUUUCGCAAAUCGCAAGGCGUGAUAACAGUUUGUCGCGGCAGAGGUCACUGGAGCAGUUUAACGAGGUGUUCUCAUCGACUAGCGACCUUUCGAGACUGAAGGACCCCUCUCAGAGGGUAAAAACGCCUGGCGACGUACCGCCCUCUGUGAGGCGGACAAGAGGCAAGGCAGCGGCCGAUUCGGCCACGAGAUUCUCACUUUACGAUGACAGGAUGAUGUGCCGUGGUCAGUGGGGCAGUGCCCCCGAUCUGGAACCUUCUACGGCGCCCCUUCAGCCAUUGCGACUCAACGAAUCGCAGGACAGGGAGAGCGUGAGUAGUUUUUAGGCGUUAGUUAGUAAGGAAUGGCGAUGAUGUAAAUGGCAGGAAGGAAAUCGACAAGUAGGGAUAGAAUUUUCAAUUUUAUUUAAAUUUUGAUAUUUUGUUUUAUGAUAACACCACACAAACUGCAUUUUCUUAGGCAUAAAUUGUGAAGCUGGGGUUUUACUCAAUGGAAAAACCCAUUCUUCUUCUACAUUUUUAGCUUUGGGACUCGAUAUGAGUCAUGAGCCCAGAUUCAACACAGUUCUUGUAUUGGGGAGGAUCUCCAGAAAUCUCAAAGUGUCAAGACUGGCCCUAGAGCUUUUGACGCCAUUCGAGAAUUUUCUGAAUGUUUCAUGUUUUUAUAACAGAAAUCCAAGAAAAUUACAUAAACGUAAUGAAGUACCCCGUGACCAGCACUGUAUAAUUAUGUAUCAGAAAAUGUGUCCAUGCACAGUGAACACUUUAAAAGAGAUGAUUUUACUUUGACUCUAUAAUAUAAUCUAUGUAUCGCAAAUUAUCUAAGACUGAGAAAUGAAGUUAUGUUAUUUUUCAAAAUUCAUUAUAAUGUUGUUACCCUCUAGAUUGUGGAAACUGAACCAUGUUCUAUCAACCAUGUAUUGGACUAUUCUUCAUAAGGAAAUUUUAGGCUGUGGUCAAAUAUGGACCUGUUGACGAUGCAUCCAUAGCAGUGCUGGAGAGAGCACGGAGUUCAAACCAUAGUUUGAUUUUGUGCAGGUUCUGUUCUGCCCUAAAUCCUGGGUAUCUUCUUAGCAAACAGCUACCCAAUCGGGACACUCCAAGGAAUCAAAUAGAACUGACAAAACUGAAGCGAGGGGGUGGGAGGAACCACACCACACAGGAGUAAACAACCGCCACGUAUCCAUAAAUUCCAGCAAGUCUAAGGCUGGGAAAUCAUCUGGUUCACAGGAGACGAAGACUAGUAAUUUUUCGUUAAGAAACCUGAGUAGGAAGUGCACUUUGCAAGGAUCCAAGAAACAAGCUGGAAAGUGUUUUCGCGUUGCCAUCUGAACCAAAUCAUCUUUUAACCUUGGUGAUGGCAGAUGAAGGUAUCAAAUAACCCUUCCUUCAUCUCUCUCCUAAGGUCGUAGAGAAAUACAUUUGGCUGUGACAAUUUGUUCAAAUAACAUCCUUGAAGUAUGAGGGAUAAAACAUAUUUCUUUGGUUUCCUUGAAUUUUGCAGUGCCGUCUUGUGGCAAUGAUCUCGAUUAAAUCUGCUCUCUUAUUUUCUUUGUUUUGGGUUCAGGUGACAGGUAGUUCACCCAGUUCCAUAAAGCGAAUUUCAAGGGAAAUAGAAAACUAAUUUUUUCUUUUGAAUCUUGGGUCAUUCUUAAACGAACAUAAAUUGUUUUUAUAGAAUACAAGUAGAACGUCAGCUUCCUUUUGUUGUGUGUUCAAUCUCUAAGUGACCUCAUAAAAAAAAAAUCCUUCUUGUCUGUUGAGAUUUCCAUUGUGAGAAAAAUAUUUAUGAAUAGAUUUAGUAGAUAGUGAAUGUACAGUUAUUUACAAUGUUUUUCAAUUGUAUUGGCAAGUGCAAUUUAUUCCACGAGUAACUUAACUUGUUACAAGGUACUAAUUCUAGUACAAAUCUGGACAGUUUUUCAUUUUCUUUGUUUUUUUUUUAACAAAAUGAAGUUUGUGCUCCACUCUUAGGUUAGUUCAUAAAAACUUGUUUUGAAUUCACCUAGAAAAUAAAUUUUUGAAAUGAAAACCAGUUUAUUAUAACAUGAACUCAUUUUUGUUUAAUUUUUUGUUUUUUAGGCGUUUAACAUUUUGUAAUAUUUUUUGGCACCCAGUGACAUGCGCCUUAAACGAAUGUAACCUCAUUUAGCUAAAAAUAAAAGUAUUUAUUAUUGAAUAGACUUUACCAGCAUGCUCAAAGAAGCAUGAAUAAAAUCUAACUAACCAAAGAAUAUCUCCAAAAUCAUUAGUGUAUGAUGAUUUUUGGAGUUCAGUGUCUAUUUUUGACUUUCGAAAUGUUUUUCUACAUCUACAAACGUUUUUUUAAUGAAGAACUAAUUUUUAACCAAGUUUUUUUCAAGAUUUUAAAUUGACAAGUUGAAAAAAUGUCAUAUUUAUUUUAAUAAGUUUAGCGUAGCACCAAGAAAUACUCUUUGAAAGGUUUUAUUUGAUUUUUCUUUCAAAAAACAAAACAAAAUCAUAUAUCAUUUUUGGAAAAAGUACUUUUAAGUUUUGGCUGUGUCAAUUUUGAAAUCUUUCAUUCCCAGAAAUUGUGUUCCAAUUAGGUGUCUUUUUUGUACAUAUAUGCAAAGAAAUAUCUUGCAAUUGAAUAUUUAAUAUUAAACACACUUACUAUGUAAUUCAAAAAAGUUAGUGUUGAUAAUAAAAAUUAAAAGCA